AUGUCAGGCGAAUGGCCCCCAGCGACAAGACCCAGUAAGCGCCGACUUAGCUGAGAUUCUGGAAAGUCAGAAUAAAGAAGGGCAUCAAGUCGUGUAUGUAAUGGAGUCGGCCGUAAGAUUCGCGUAAGUCGGGACGCGGUUCCGUAUUGGAAGACGGGGUCCUGGCCAAUGGCGAGGGGCCCACCGGAUACCAAAUUUUCACGGGAGAUCCGCCGUAACGCGAAAAUACCAGACCAGGGGCGGCGGGCCAGCAUCCAGAUCGGGAGUUGUCUGGAUGACUUUCUUCUGGGCUUCUUCUCCGACUGCACUGGAAAUUCACUUCUCCCCAAUCAAACCCGCCUUCUUUGGGUUCAUGCGUUUUCCCCCCCCUUGCCUUUUCCUCUUUUGCAAUUUUUUCAUUCCAUCUUUCUUUCCUUCCUUCUUUUUUUUUUCUUUCUGGUUCGCCCUCGCCUUCGACCAGCGCCCCCCUCCUCUCCCCCGGGUUCUGCUCGUCGCGGAACAGCUGAUCAUCAAACAAUCGCCCUUAUUUUUCUUUCACUCGUUUUGCCUCUCCUCGCCUGUCCUUUUUCUUCCUUUGACCCUCCCCCCGUCCCACUUCUAUCCGGCCAAGGCUUUCUGGAGGCGACCAUUUAUAUCCUCCCGAUUGUCACCUCACCACCUUCCCUUCUCUCUCUCCGACCCCGUCCUGUCACCCUCCUUCGUUGCGUGGGAGCUCACUCCAUCCAGUGACUACCUUGAGCUGGUAUAGCUUUGGCGUCGUGUCCUAAUCUCCUGGUAUGUUGCAUUGUGCUGCCCUGGUCCUCUGCACGGGCCGUGUGACUCGAGACAACGAGA